CGAAGAAAACUAGCACAACAACACGGUGAUCACCAUCGUUACGUACUGUACAUUUUUUACCCCAUCAAAGCAAACAAAUGUCUCAACUGAACAGAUAAGCACAAAGAAGAGAUAGUUUUAAAGAGGAGGAGAGAAUGAUAUAGAGCGAGAUAGACAUCUUGAGUGAGAAACAGGAACAUGACCACACUUUGCCUUGGUGAAAGUCUGAUUUGAUUGUGGUUAGACAUGGACGUAGAACUGCACGGACUCUUUGAGCAUAACAAUUCCUUUGAUUAUGGCGAUUAUUAUGUGUAUACGGAGGAGGAGGACAAUCAUUCCAGCAGCCGCAUAUGUAGCUUCGUGGCAGUCUUCAUCCCACUACUGUAUUCUGUGGCGCUGUUAUUUGGACUGCUUGGAAACGGACUGCUGUUGGUAACAUUGUGGCGUAAAAGACGAAACUUGAGUGUGAUGGACGUGUUCAUCCUGCAUCUGGGUGUAGUUGAUGUUCUGCUGAUGCUGACGCUCAUCUUCUGGGCUGUAGAUGCAGUGAAGGGAUGGAUCAUCGGCACAGGGCUCUGCAAACUCACGGGAGCUUUGUUCAAGAUUAAUUUGCACUGUGGCAUCUUCAUGCUGGCCCUCAUCGGUCUCGAAAUGUACCUGUCCAUCGUCCGUGACAUUCAAAUGUUCUCUCGUAAAAAUCCCACGGUGAUUCACCUCACCUGCUUGAUCAUCUGGAUUAUCUGCCUGCUCCUUUCCACUCCUGACUGGAUGUAUCUGAAAGCCACUGUAGAUCCACAUAAAAACUUGUGCGAUUAUGUUUACCCCAGUAAUGACUUGCGUGUUGCCAUCCGUCUUUUAUUAAUUGUUGUGGGCGUCAUUUUACCUUUGCUGGUGCUGCUGUUCUGUUGUUCCUGCAUCUUGCUGUAUAUGCGGAACAGAUCCAGAGGACCGCAGAAGAAGAAGGACAGAAGAACACGUGUCUUUGCCGCGGUGGUGCUAGCUUUUCUCAUCAGCUGGACGCCCUACAACAUUACCUUCAUUGCGGACACUGUUUCCGUAACAGCAUCAAAAUGGUGUGAUGGAAAGCUAUGGACAGCUAGUGGUGCAACAGGCAUUGUGGGCCUCCUACACUGUGUGAUAAAACCUGUGAUUUAUUUCGUUUUCUCCAAAGAGUUCAGGCAUCGAACUGUGACUAUGGUGACGUUUAGGGGUUGUGAGACAGACAGCAGCGAUGUUUCGUUGUGGGACUGUGGUGAAGUGGGUGGAAGUGUCCAACAGGAGGAACAGAAUUCACUUCGUCCGAUGUCGAAUGACAUUAAUCAAACAACAAUAACUCAGGAUGAGAAUAUAUAAAGAAGCAUGAAUCGUGAAGAAUCAAGUGUGGAGAAUACCGUGUCUCUUUUAUUUAAUUUAUCAUAUUUAUAAUUAUAAACAUAAAAGCUUUAAAAUAAAUUGCACAGGUAUGGAAUAGCUUAUUUUUGGUUGAUGGAGAUACCCCAGGAAUUUCUUUGUGUUGUUUUAAGCACAGGAACAGAAACUGACUGACAAUUUUAAUGGGUUUGAUAUAAGGAAGUUAAAUCUGGAUAGUACUGUAUCACAAAGCAUCUGUCAAUUGCAUUAAUGUUUAGGUACAGUGAAUUUAUACUUACAGUAAAGAUGAUAAACAGUAAUGCUUUAUUGAACAAUGACAUAAAUGUCCAGUUAUUUCCUUUUUUGCACUUUAAUACCAUUUAAUCUUAUCAGUGUAGUUAUGCUGGUGCUUAUGGAAUUUUUUGUCUAGUCAAAUACUGAAACAAUUUUUCUUUGGGUUGGCUUGCCUAAAGUGUUGUAGAUAAUGUGAAAAGUGGGGUACAUGUAAUAAACCUUAUAAGAUUUGCCACGGGCUUGGUCUUCAAUGCUAACAUUGGAUAGACUAAUCUGACAAUAUUUGGUUGUUUUGAGAUCAUCUUUCUGCUUUAGUUAAUAACUGCGUUCACGCAGCCGAUUAGCAGAUGUGUGUUAUUUCCCAUGUUCAUUUUAAAAUUUCCUAAUGGCCUUGUUUUUCUUACAUGUUUGUGAAACAAAUGUUUUUGUAUCAACAUAAAGUGUCAGGUAUUUUUUUUGAAUAUUUGCUUAAGGUGCUUAAUAACUUAAUUAUAUAUUUUAUUACUGUAUGUCAGUAUAUAUCGGCAUCAGUCAUCCUGCGCAUGAAAUGUGUUUGGGAAUGUCUAGAUUUGUCAUUGUUUUAUCAGAUGUUGUACAACUUUCAUUGGUCAAACACAAUAUGAAUGUCUAUAAUAUACAGUACAAUGUAACUCAUAUCUCAUGGUUUGGUUAAUUUGGUGGUACUGUGGAGAAAAAAUAUUUUUAUACAUACAGUUACAAAUAAUGAUUUCAUAACUGCACAGAAAUAGCCCAAGCAUGAGACAAUUGUGAAAUUCUCUUCAAAGCUGUUGUGGGCGAUGGGGUUACUGACAGGAAACAACUGGCCUGUGUUAAUGAAUACGUUUGUCAUAGAGGGCCACAUGAUUUAUUAGUUUUUUACCAGUCAAUGUGCUAAAGGGAAAGUGAAAACGAAUGUCGGUUAUGUUGAUAGGUAAAUGGUUGUGUUUGCGAUGGGAAAAAUGAUAUAAUAAACUUGUCAUUUCUGUGAUUUAUUGGCAUUUGUUCAUUGUUGAAUGAAAUGGCAUUUCCUGUUGGUUAGGGUCAUGAGGGAUUCUUUUCCCACAUUACGCAACAUUUCCUUCCCCAAAUUAUUAGAGACUUUUAGAUUUUUAGAAGUUUUGUUUUCCGAAUAGCUCUUCGUGUACAGGUUGAAACAUAAUGGAGAAAACCCUUGUUGGGAUUUUCAGGCCUG